CUCGGUUCGUUAUAACGUCACUUCCGGAGAGAGCCAAGUAGCGUUAGGGAAGUCGUGUACCAUACUUAUCUCAUCAUUUCCAGAACGAUUCGAAUACUGUAGAAUAACGUAGAAAAGAGAAGAAACGGCUUUCCGUGUUUCUGCUUCAAUCCUCUUGUUCAUCAAAACAAAGAGAAAAAAGAAUUAUAUAGAGAGAUAACAACAAAAAAAAAAAAUAAAUGCAGAGUGCCAGUAUGGUCGAGCAACUCGGUUUGGGUCCCGAGGUUCGCGAGCUCAAGUUAGGUCCUAGUUUUACCAGUAAUAGCUCCAAAUUUCAUACCUUAAAAUAUGAUUUCAAGCCUGCAAGCGUCGACGACUCUAAGGUGGCCCGAGUCGAUGUAGGUUCAGACAACACGAUAACGGUCACUGUACCUCAUCUGGAUGGCGCUGGUACUCCACAUA